AGCCCAACGCACAUGCACGCCAACCUUUGCCUACCCACUGGGCGCUCGCGCUCGCGUUUGUGCCAUCUCGGCCUCGGCUACUGUUUCACUUUCUAGAGCAGUACCGUACCUAUUUACGUUGGCACACAGUUUGGAAAUGGCCGCGAGCGCCAAAGACAACGACAACAACAGGCUGAAAUUUCGACUUUGCGAAGGGAAUUGAAUCGUGUUGGACUAUUGCACCCAGUCGGUUGAGUCACUGCUACGUAGUUUGGCAGCCAUCUACAAUCAGCGGCGGCGAUCAACAGGUGUCACUCACCAGAAGUUGUGGAAAACUGGACAAUGGCUCCAAGGAUUAACCUCAUUGUUGCUGUUUGUGAAAACUUUGGAAUUGGAGUUAGUGGAAAUUUGCCAUGGAGAUUGAAGUCUGAAUUGGCCUUCUUCAAACGUAUGACUUUAAGUACACAAGAUGCUGCAAAGAAAAAUAUGGUCAUUAUGGGUCGCCGCACUUGGGAUUCCAUACCAGAGAAAUUCCGUCCUUUACCUGGUCGAGUGAAUGUCAUUCUCUCAAGGCAACCCAGAUGCAACAAUCUCCCACAAGAUGUGCAAGUUUUCUCUUCCUUUGAGGCUGUGGUCGACGCUCUUCAACAAGAAUCAAUGGCAGAUAAAAUAGAGACGGCGUGGGUCAUUGGAGGAUCGUCUGUGUACCAAACUGCUCUGAAAUCACCAUUUUGUCAUCGUGUUUACCUGACCAAGAUCAACAAGUCUUAUGAUUGUGAUACUUUUUUGGAGCCAAUUGAAGAAGAAUACUUUACUAGAGUCCAAGACCCAGCUGUACCGCAAGACACCCAAGUCGAGAAUGAUACUACUUUUGACUAUAUUGUCUAUGAACGAAUAUCUGGCACUUCUUAAACUUUGAAACUGUCAUAACUCUCUAAUGUAACAAUUCAGUUUGAUACUUGUGCCAUCCUACAAUGUUAUGCUGUGUUGUUUCUUUCAACAAUUUUUUACCUUACAUUAAAUUUAAUUUUCUAUUAAAAC